GAGCUUUACACUUGUCUCUGGUUUCAAGCAGCGCUCGCUGGACACACGCGCCGUUCACAUCCUCGCGUCUUUAUCUGCCGGUCUACGCGGCAGGCGCUGUGUGUUUGAAGUGGUUUUCAGGCAGGCAUGUCAGGCACAACUCCAUCGCCUCCCUCGGCUGAGGCUGUGGGAACUGAGGCAUGUUUUUUCCCUGGAUACAAGCCUUUCAAACCCGAGGAGCACGGCCUGGAGCGCGGGUUCCGUCUCACAGCCUUCUCGGACCUGAAAGGAUGAGGCUGCAAGGUCCCGCAGGAGGCUCUGCUCAAACUCCUGGCGGGACUGGAGACGGACCGGGCCGAUGGAACGGGGAAGGCCGAAGACCAAACUUCGGAGUUCAACCAACAGUUGCCUGGCCCUCGACUCGGUGUGGGGAUGGACUGCUGUGUGAUCCCUCUGAGGCAUGGAGGCCUCUCCCUGGUACAGACCACAGACUUCUUCUACCCUCUGGUGGAGGAUCCUUACAUGAUGGGCAGGAUAGCGUGCGCUAACGUCCUCAGUGAUCUCUAUGCCAUGGGCAUCACAGAGUGUGACAACAUGCUGAUGCUGCUGAGUGUCAGCCAGAAGAUGAAUGAAAAGGACCGUGAGCGUGUGAUGCCACUCAUGAUUCAAGGCUUCCGUGAUGCAGCAGAGGAGGGGGGCACUUCUGUGACAGGCGGCCAGACUGUGAUCAACCCCUGGAUUAUCGUGGGGGGGGUCGCAUCAGUCGUCUGCCAGCCUAACGAGUUCAUCAUGCCUGACGGUGCUGUCCCGGGGGACGUCCUGGUGCUGACCAAGCCUCUGGGGACGCAGGUGGCUGUGAACGCUCACCAGUGGCUGGAUCAGCCUGAGAGGUGGAACAAGAUCAAGCUGGUGGUCAACAAAGAGGAAGUAAAGGAAGCCUAUCAGGAAGCCAUGUUCUCCAUGGCAACACUUAACCGCACUGCGGCAGGUCUAAUGCACAAGUUCCAGGCUCACGCUGCCACAGACGUCACCGGUUUCGGGCUGUUGGGACACGCCAACAACCUGGCAGCACAGCAACGCAACGAGGUGGCCUUCGUCAUCCACAACCUACCUAUCCUAGCCAAAAUGGCCGCCAUCAGUAAAGCCUGUGGAAACUUGUUCAACCUGGUGCAGGGCACGUCAGCAGAGACUUCUGGCGGGCUACUGGUGUGUUUGCCCAGAGAGCAGGCGGCGAAGUUCUGCUCUGAGAUGAAGAGCCAGAGCUCCGGAGCUGGAGGUCAGGGUGCGGCCGGUGGAGCGUGGAUAAUCGGAAUUGUAGAAAAAGGCGACCGCCGCGCUCGCAUUAUUGACAAGCCCCGCAUCAUCGAGGUUCCACCGCGAGGAAGCCAGGCAGCCAAUCAGGAGAACAACACCAGCAGCCCCGCCCCCAGCCCCAACUUGUCAUAGACACUGAUCAUGUGUGUGUGUGUGUGUGUGUAUGUUGAACUUGCUGUCCAUCUCACCCCCUUUUUUAGUAAAACCGCUGAGUCAUAUUUUCAGGGAGAGAGGGAAUGGACAGCACACAAUAUAUUAUCCAUCUUUGGAAAAAGAUGCUGAAAUGAGGCCUUCCUUUCACCGUGUUGGAAUGAAAUAUAAAUCAUAAUCUGCCUUCCCUGAUCCAUACACAUUUAUUUAAUACAUCUUGAUGCAAAAAUGAAAUUCUUAAGAGAAAACAUUCCAAGUCAUUGUGGCCAGUUAGUCAUGCAAAUUGAGUGUAAAUGUGUGUUUGAUAUUUAAUCAUUGGACUGGGGUGCUCUGCUGUUGGGAAGUGGAACAGGACUUUUCUUUUGAGGGUGGAUGAUGUAAUUGUUGGUUGAUGUUGGUAAACAUGUAAUGUGGAGAAGAACGGCACCUGGCUCUGCCCUCGGGGCCCACAGGAAGGCUUGAGCAGCUUCCUUUGGACCAGCGGGGGGGGGUGUUCAGAAUGUCUGAAUGUCAGCUGAUUGGCAGUCCAGCACCAAGUCCCUCCCAUCCUUCCUUUUUUAUGAAGCCCUGCCUUUAAACCCCUACAAAUGGGGGCAGGUAGAGUGGAUGUUUGCCUUUGGAUUGGGGUCGGACUUAGACUGCUGGAGGUCUUAAGCUGUCCGUGUUUCUAGAUUUCCUGCUUUUCACAAUCAAUAAAGCAACAUUAACAAACUGA